AUGAUAAGAACUUCUAAAAAAGACAAUAAAAAGGUAGACCCUAAGAACAAUAAUUCGGAUGCAAGCUCAUCAACGCUUUGCUUGGCGAAUUCGGCAGGGUGCCACCACCAAGGUACGCACCAAACGUCCCAACAGUUCAACCUCAGCACGGGAAGUCAACAACUGCAAAACAACAAUCAACAACAGCAAACCAACAACAACGGUCCCAUUAUUCCACAACCUGGCCUGAUACCGGUCACACAACAAGUGCCUGAACAACAAGUCUUUGCAGUUAGCCUCAACCUGCCACAAUUCACCGCGGACAGACCUGAAAUUUGGUUUGCCAUCGCCGAAGCAGACUUCACAGCCAACCGCAUCACCAGUGACAGUCAGAGAUACAGUCAGAUUUUGAAGGCCCUCCAACCCAACAUCCAAAAUCAGCUUUGGGACAUCAUCAGCAACCCACCACCUCAAGAUAAGUAUCUUACAUUAAAAAACGCUAUACUUAGCCGUUUCGCUGAUUCUAGACAAACACAACUUCUUAAGCCCCUGAGAGACAUGACACUUGGUGACAAGAGACCUUCGCAGCUCCUCCGAGAAAUGCGUGAACUGGCAAGAGGAUCAAUCAACGACGACGCGUUACACCAGCUCUGGAAAGAGCGUCUUCCAGCCUGGAUUCGUCCAUACCUCCUGGUCUCACCUCACAUCAAUGACUUCAACGGCUUGGCGGACCUGGCGGACCGCCUCGUGCUCAGCAUGGGCAACAGCUUGGUCUACGCUGUUCACAACAGAGACCAUUCACUCUCUACAGGCCAGUCUCAUCUCGAACAACAAAUGUCAGAGCUUAAACUUACUAUGAAAAGCCUUCAACAGGAUAUCAGCAACAUGAAACUUCAGCUACAGCAGCAGCUCCUGCUGAUCAACAAUCUCAGCCAACGCAAAUCCAGAGCUGACCAAGGCUACGGCAGAUCGAUCCAGGGGCAGGGCUUCGACACCCAACCCUAAUGGGUACUGUUACUAUCACAACCGCUGGGGAAACGACUCGAGAAAAUGCAUCCAGCCAUGCAAGUUCGUCCCAGUCACCCCCACAAACUCGGU